UAGAGGUUGAAAGAUACUAGAUGAGCGUAACCCUGGAUGGCCUGGCAUGUCCUUUGUCCUUGCUGUGGGCAGUUGAUCUCACAUGGCCUCCAGCCUCCUAUUGCUACCCUUUUCUGCAUGUCUCCUUUGGGAAAGAGCCCAGGAGAAAGGGGGCAAUAUCAGAGCAUCAGUAACCACGGUUAAGCAGUCAGAAUUGCCAAUGGGAAUUUCCUAAUGUUGGGAACAUUCAACCUUUGCACACUGGAGACUUUUUGGGCACAGCUGGCAUUUCUUUCUCCUUGGUAAGUCUGGGGUAGAGAAAAGACAGAGGAGGAGGUAGAAAGAGUGAGAUUCAGAAAGAGAAGAGAGGGGAUAGUCUUUCUGUGACCUUUGGGCAGGAUGAUGAAGAAGAGUCCGGGCAGGAGGUAGGGAUAACGGUCAGGGAAAGAGUGGUGUAAGUCCUCAUGGCAGGGAGGGCUCUGCAUAGAGAAGGAACUGCCAAGGAAUCCACUUCUUACGUUUUAGAAUCCCAGGAGUCUGGUCCAGGCUUGUCUGUGAGGUGCUCCACACUUCAGCUUGAGGUGGUGGCAUCGAGAUUGGUGGCACCGACGUCUCUAACACUUCCUACCCAUUGAACUUGCACUGCGCUGCCCAGUUCGUGAUCAUUACCCUGUGUGAUCCGUACAACUUUUUCUUAACCUUUAUUUUUAUUUUUAUUUUUAUUUUAUGUGUAUGGGUCUUUUGCCUUCAUGUAUAUCUGCGUGACACCCUCAGAAGCCAGAAGAGGGAGAGAGAUUGGAAUUACAACCGGUUGUAAACCCACAUGUGGGUGCUGGGAACCAAAGCCAGAUCCUCUGGAACAGCUGCCAGUGAGCCAUUUGAGCCAUCUCUCCAGCCCUCCCGGCCCCCAGCUUUCCGAGCUUGUGGGCUUCUGGGUUGUUCCCAUGCCACCAAGUAGGGGGAAUUGAGGCUAAGAGAGCAGAAUGGGGUGAUUCGUUCAGGGGCUACUCGCCAUUACGGACCCGUCAAACUCGGCAAACCUUUAUUAAGUCCCCGCAGGAUUCCAGUUGCAGCGCCAUGGCGCAGGAGAACGCCGCCUUUUCUCCAGUGUCGGAGGAGCCACCCAGGCGCCGUGGCCGCCAGCGCUACGUGGAGAAGGACGGGCGCUGCAACGUGCAGCAGGGCAAUGUGCGGGAGACCUACCGCUACCUAACCGACUUGUUCACCACGCUGGUGGACCUGCAGUGGCGCCUCAGCCUGCUCUUCUUCGUGCUCGCCUACGCGCUCACUUGGCUCUUCUUCGGCGCCAUCUGGUGGCUCAUCGCCUACGGCCGCGGCGACCUGGAGCACCUGGAGGACACCGCGUGGACCCCGUGCGUCAACAACCUCAACGGCUUCGUGGCUGCCUUCCUCUUCUCCAUCGAGACCGAGACCACCAUCGGCUACGGGCACCGCGUCAUUACUGACCAGUGCCCCGAGGGCAUCGUGCUGCUGCUGCUGCAGGCCAUCCUGGGCUCUAUGGUGAACGCCUUCAUGGUGGGGUGCAUGUUCGUUAAGAUCUCGCAGCCCAACAAGCGGGCCGCCACGCUGGUCUUCUCCUCUCACGCUGUGGUGUCGCUGCGCGACGGGCGCCUCUGCCUCAUGUUCCGCGUGGGCGACCUGCGAUCCUCGCACAUCGUGGAGGCCUCCAUCCGCGCCAAGCUCAUCCGCUCGCGCCAGACGCUCGAGGGCGAGUUCAUCCCUCUGCACCAGACCGACCUCAGCGUGGGCUUCGACACCGGGGACGACCGCCUCUUCCUCGUCUCACCUCUUGUCAUCAGCCACGAGAUCGAUGCCGCCAGCCCCUUCUGGGAGGCGUCACGCCGCGCCCUCGAGAGGGACGACUUCGAGAUCGUGGUCAUUCUCGAGGGCAUGGUGGAGGCCACGGGAAUGACAUGCCAAGCUCGAAGCUCCUACCUAGUAGAUGAAGUGCUGUGGGGCCACCGGUUCACAUCUGUGCUCACCCUGGAGGACGGCUUCUAUGAAGUGGACUAUGCCAGCUUCCAUGAGACCUUUGAGGUGCCCACACCCUCGUGUAGUGCCCGGGAGUUGGCAGAAGCUGCAGCCCGCCUCGAUGCCCAUCUCUAUUGGUCCAUCCCCAGCAGGCUGGAUGAGAAGGUGGAGGAAGAAGGGGCUGGGGAGGGGGCAGGUGGGGGAGAUGGAGCAGACAAGGAGCAGAAUGGCUGCCUACCACCCCCAGAGAGUGAGUCCAAGGUGUGACUGGUUUUCUCCAAACCCCUGUGGCAGACCAGGGGGCUAGACACAGGUACAUGGAAGCUGCGGAGUGGAGAUGGAAGAAGAGGAGGCAGGCAAUGUCCCAAGGAAUGGCUAACGUUGGGAGAGGCCCACUGAGUCCAGGAUCCAGUGGGGAAGGAAGAAGUCCUGGUUUAAAGAGAGGAGAGGGUGGGGAUGAAAGAAAAUAUCGGUCUGUCUGUCUGACCUUCACAUCUAUUCGUGGGUGGAUGGAUGGACAGAAGGAUGGGCUUAUGGGGCUGAAUGGGAAGGUCGGGCAGACAGAGGCAGCCAAUGGAUAGCUUGGGUGUCCUAUGGAUCGACAGUUGGUGAAGGUGAACCCAGGGCCUUAACCUGCAGCAUGCCUUUGUACAAAGCCUACCAGUACCCUUUUCUUCCAGACAGAGGCAACCUCAAAUCAGGGGACAUGGCUUAGGGAGUAGAGUGUCAGACCAGUUGCUGCCCCCACUCACCUCCUCAUCUGGCCUCCCUGUGUGUGACACACCUGUCUAGACAAAGUGGCCACUGUUGAGCCAGAGAAAAGCGUGUGGAGCAGGGUAUAGAUGUGACCCUAUCCAGAUUCACUAUCCCGCUGUGAUGGGCUCAGAAAGGUGUCCACAGCCUUAACCCUCAGGGGGUAGGCAAACAAGCAAGGGUAGACGCUGAGCAGCAGCCCCGGAGCAGGACCAGGAGAGCGGAGGUUUUUUUGAGGCAGCGGAGUGAAACCUUGCAGGUAGGUGCUGCUAUAGAAACUAGAAAGCAGGGAGACUCUGAGGUGGAAGAAAGACCAAGGGAGACUUAAUAAGUGGUUUUAUGAGGGAGGCCUGAGCCCUGGGGAAAGUAGUUUAUCCUUGAGGCACAGCGACAGGAGAUCAUUCGAAAUAGUGAUUAGGUUAUCAGGUGUGACAUUCAAAGACCUGUUCCUAACACCAGAACACAGUACAAGUGGAGGUCAGAAAUACCCCCACAGCAACUGAAGGAAGUGUGGCUCACUCUAGGAGCCCACACAAGCUCUUCAGAGUCAGAAGAGGGAGAGCAUUAGUAACCUGGAAGCUAAGGAUUGAGCAAGGGGGGUGGGGAGCCCAGCAGUUACAGAGCCUUUGCGUCACUUGCCUGGAGGGCUUGUUAAAACAGAUUGCUGGGUCCCACUCCCAACAUUCUGACUCAGUAGGUCCGGAAUGGAAACCAAAAAAAUCUGCACAUCUAACUAGUUCCCAGAUCUAACAGGUUUCCCAGAUCGUGCUGACGGGCACUACACUCGGAUGAGGAAACCAAGCGGAGGAGAAGCUGCAGGGGCUUGAGAAGUCGAGGACCCUUAUGAACAGUAGAAAGGAGAAGGGGCAUGUCAGGGAGAGGGACCCAGAUCCAGGCUGAAGAGCUUAACUUUGGGUCCAAGAACUGAAGCGUCAGUGGUAACUUGCCAGUGACACCGAGGUGGCAUCUGGGAAGAGGAGAGGGCCACGGAGACAGGUGGGAACAGAAAGAAGGCCUUUUCGGGGACUCCUGGGGAGGCAGUGGGGAGCCGAAGCUGAAUGGGCUUCACCACAAACGGCCGGCCGACUGACUCUCUAACAGGACAAGGCAAGACGGACUAGGGUAGAAGACUGAGCUUAUACUUGUGGGUAUCUGCUGCCUGCCAUCUGUCCUGCCAGGGCAGGGAACCCUGGAGAGACAUCCUCCCAUCCCACCUCCACUGCAUCCUGCCCUUGUCCCCAGUCAUCUUGGGCUGGUCAGGGGAGAACAAUGGCAAGUUGAGGAGCAGAAGAUCCUCAAGGGACUGGAGGCUGGCCCCCUGGAGCUCAGUGUAGCCCAGCUAGACACAGCCUCUUGAUGGGGCCGGUUCAAACCUUGGCCCUGGCUGCACCCACUCCUGCCCUUGAAUAAAGGUCUGCUGUUCUGUGCCAGGCUAAGAGACCAGCAUCCAACGGGGCACUGUCCCUCCCUCCCAGUGCCCAUCUGAGCUCGGGUCCACUCAGAGGACGCAAGCUCUUGCCUCUCCCCUUCAGUCAAACACUGGACUUGGGUUUCAGGACCACCUGGGUCACUCUCAAAAAUGAGGUCUGUGAACAUGGGCCUGCUGGAGCCCCAUGCACAUACUGAACUAGAGCACAGGGAGGGGCCAGGGUUUGGAUUCAGAGGGAAAGGCGGAGUCUGCGUAAGAGGGGUGGGGUGCUUGGCACCCUCAUACACUGGAAUGGGGACAUCGAAGCUGCUCCUGGAAGUCGCUGAGAUGCAACCACUCAGGGCACCACUGUCCAGGGCAGUCAGGAGACCUGUGUUCUGGUGCCAAUGCUGAUUGUCACUAGUUACCUCCAUGAGGACUCUCAGCCUCUCAGCAAGGCCUUAGUUCCCUUAUGUGUAAAAAAAAAAAAAAAAAAAAAAAAAAACCUGGCAAACUCAUAAUGCUCAAUAAAUGUUAAAUUGCUAAAUGGAAAAGGUAGACUGGAUGCCACUUGAAG